UUAACCCUAUCCCUGCGACCUGCUCUUUUAUCAACACCGAAUCACGGCGCGCAACGAGCGCAGGUGAGAAGGCAAAAGGUGCGUUGUUCCCGCGGUAUCGGGCACGCCGCGUCGGUGGUUCCUGCAGCGACUAUCGCCGCCAGUGUGUUUAGGGCGUAG